AUGACUGAAUACAUUCAACAACAGUUGGAAGUGGGUUUUAGUGCACUCAUUGUCAUGACCUGCUUAUCCCUAUUAAGGCCUGUUCUCAACAGAGAAUCUGAGGAACACAGUCAUAUUAAAUUGAACAUAAUGGAUAAGUAUAGGCAGUUGCACUCUGGAUUCAGGAACGAACGAUUUGGUUCUUUAAAAACCAUCAAACAGGCACACAAUCCACGCAGCAAAAACUCGGGGAAGCUAGAGCGCCCACACCUGGGAAAGCUUAGAUGCCCUUCAAGAGUUGAAGAUGGCGUUUCUCUGAGGCAGGGAUUCCCUCCACCUGAAGUACGUCUCCUAAGGGGCCACACUUGCAGCUCACCUAAGCCUGAAAACGAACAAGCUUGGUUUUUCCCUCUGACACUCAAGGGAAGCGCUAAGGCGAACACAUCAGACGCUGCCGUGGAACUUUGCAGCUCUCCGAGGCUGCAGUUUGAUACAGGAGAGACAUCUUUUCGUUCCCCUUUCAAAAGGCACCGUGCAAACGUAACACGAACCCGGCUAGGAUCUCGGAAAAAGGGAGGAGGAAGAAGGCUCGGGGAAGUUGGCCGCGGCGUGCCCUGGGUCUCGCGGAGCCUGGGGCGCAGGAGGGUCCAGGAGGUUCCCGGCGGACUGACUGGCGCUGCUUUCGCUGGUGGCUCCUUCUGUCUGGACCUGGAGAGCGGCCGCGACGGUCCCCCGCCUGCGGGCUGGGCUGGGGCCGGACGUCUACAUUGGAGAUCAAAUCAAGUUAACAUUUAUAUCUGUCUCUCCUCUCUUUAUUUUAGCUGGACCAGACCAAUUUUGAGGAAAGGGUACAGAAAGCGCCUGGAAUUGUCAGACAUAUACCAUAUCUCUUCUUCUGAUUCUGCUGACAAUCUAUCUGAAAAAUUGGAAAGAGAAUGGGAUAGAGAACUGGCCUCAAAGAAAAAUCCCAAACUCAUUAAUGCCCUUCGGCGAUGCUUUUUCUGGAGAUUUAUGUUCUAUGGAAUCAUAUUAUAUUUAGGGGAAGUCACCAAAGCAGUACAGCCUCUCUUACUGGGAAGAAUCAUUGCUUCCUAUGAUCCAGAUAACAAGGUAGAACGCGCCAUUGCGAUUUACCUAGGCAUAGGCUUAUGCCUUCUCUUUAUCGUGAGGAUGCUGCUCCUUCACCCAGCCAUUUUUGGCCUCCAUCGCAUUGGAAUGCAGAUGAGAAUAGCUAUGUUUAGUUUGAUUUAUAAGAAGACUUUGAAGCUGUCAAGCCGUGUUCUAGAUAAAAUAAGUAUUGGACAACUUGUUAGUCUCCUUUCCAACAACGUGAACAAAUUUGAUGAAGGACUUGCACUGGCACAUUUCGUGUGGAUUGCUCCUUUGCAAGUGACGCUGCUGAUGGGGCUGCUCUGGGAGUUGUUACAGGCCUGUGCCUUCUGUGGACUUGCUUUUCUCAUAGUCCUUGCCCUUUUUCAAGCCGGAUUAGGGAAAAUGCUGAUGAAGUACAGAGAUCAGAGAGCUGGAAAGAUUAAUGAAAGACUGGUGAUCACGUCAGAAAUGAUUGAAAAUAUCCAGUCGGUUAAGGCCUACUGCUGGGAAGAAGCAAUGGAAAAAAUAAUUGAAAACCUGAGACAAACAGAACUGAAACUGACCCGGAAGGCAGCCUAUGUGAGAUACCUCAAUAGCUCAGCCUUCUUCUUCUCAGGGUUCUUUGUAGUGUUUUUAUCUGUGUUUCCUUAUGCACUGCUUAAUGGAAUCGGCCUUCGAAAAAUAUUCACAACCAUCUCAUUCUGCAUCGUUCUGCGCAUGGCAGUCACUCGGCAGUUCCCCUGGGCUGUACAAACUUGGUAUGAUUCUCUUGGAGCAAUAAACAAAAUACAGGAUUUCUUACAAAAGCAAGAAUAUAAGACACUGGAAUAUAACUUAACAACUACAGAAGUAGUGAUGGAGAAUGUAACAGCCUUCUGGGAGGAGGGAUUUGGGAAAUUAUUUGAGAAAGCAAAACAAAAUAAUAACAAUAGAAAAAUUUCCAAUGGUGAUAACAGCCUCUUCUUCAGUAACUUCUCACUUCUCGGUGCUCCUGUCCUGAAAGAUAUCAGUUUCAACAUAGAAAGAGGACAGUUGUUGGCCGUCGCUGGAUCUACUGGAGCAGGCAAGACUUCACUUCUCAUGAUGAUUAUGGGAGAACUGGAGCCUUCAGAGGGUAAAAUUAAGCACAGUGGAAGAAUUUCAUUCUGCUCUCAGUUUUCCUGGAUCAUGCCUGGCACCAUUAAAGAUAACAUCAUCUUUGGUGUUUCCUAUGAUGAGUAUAGAUAUAGGAGUGUCAUCAAAGCAUGCCAACUAGAAGAGGACAUCUCCAAAUUUGCAGAGAAAGACAACAUAGUUCUUGGAGAUGGUGGAAUCACAUUGAGUGGAGGUCAGCAAGCAAGAAUUUCUUUAGCAAGAGCAGUAUACAGAGAUGCUGAUUUGUACCUAUUAGACUCUCCCUUUGGAUACCUAGAUGUGUUAACAGAGAAAGAAAUAUUUGAAAGCUGUGUCUGUAAAUUGAUGGCUAACAAAACUAGGAUUUUGGUCACUUCUAAAAUGGAACAUUUAAAGAAAGCUGACAAAAUAUUAAUUUUACAUGAAGGUAGCAGCUAUUUUUAUGGGACAUUUUCUGAAUUACAAAAUCAACGGCCCGACUUCAGCUCAAAGCUCAUGGGAUAUGACACUUUUGACCAGUUUACUGCAGAACGAAGAAAUUCAAUCAUAACUGAGACUUUACGGCGUUUCUCACUAGAAGGAGAUACUUCUGUGUCCUGGAAUGAAACGAAAAAGCAAUCUUUUAAACAGACUGGAGAGUUUGGUGAAAAAAGGAAGAACUCCAUUCUCAAUUCAAUCAGCUCUAUGAGGAAAUUUUCAUUUGUACAGAAGACUCCAUUACAAAUGAAUGGCAUCGAAGACGAUUCUGUUGAGCCUUCAGAGAGAAGACUAUCCUUAGUUUCCGGUUCUGAACUGGGAGAGGCUAUCCUGCCUCGGAGCAACAUGAUCGAUGCUGGUCCCACAUUUCAAGGACGAAGGAGGCAGUCAGUCCUGAACCUUAUGACCCGCUCCUCAGUGAACCAAGGUCAAAGCAUUCACCGAAAGACAGCGACAUCCACACGAAAAAUGUCACUGGCCCCUCAGGCGAAUUUAACUGAAAUAGAUAUAUAUUCAAGACGGUUAUCUGAAGAUACUGGCUUUGAAAUAAGUGAAGAAAUUAAUGAAGAAGAUUUAAGGGAGUGCUUUUUUGAUGAUGUGGAGAACAUACCAGCAGUGACUACAUGGAACACAUACCUUCGAUAUAUUACUGUCCGCAAGAGCUUACUUUUUGUGCUAAUUUGGUGCUUAGUCAUUUUUCUGGCUGAGGUGGCUGCUUCUUUGGUUCUGUUGUGGCUGCUUCCAAAAGUACUUCCUCAAGACAAAGGGAAUAGUACUAAGAGUGCAAAUAACAGUUAUGCAGUGAUCAUCACCAACACCAGCUCGUAUUAUGUUUUUUACAUUUAUGUGGGAGUAGCUGACACUUUGCUUGCUCUGGGACUCUUCAGAGGUUUACCACUGGUGCAUGCUCUAAUCAGAGUGUCAAAAAUACUACACCACAAAAUGUUACAGUCUGUUCUUCAAGCCCCUAUGUCAACCCUCAACACGUUGAAAGCAGGUGGGAUUCUUAAUAGAUUCUCCAAAGAUAUAGCAGUUUUGGAUGAUCUUCUGCCUCUUACCAUAUUUGACUUCAUUCAGUUGUUAUUAAUUGUGAUUGGGGCUAUGGUGGUAGUCUCAGUUUUACAACCCUACAUCUUCCUAGCUACAGUGCCAGUGAUAGCGGCUUUUAUUCUAUUGAGAGGCUACUUCCUCUGCACCUCACAGCAACUCAAACAGCUGGAAUCUGAAGGCAGAAGUCCAAUUUUCACUCAUCUUGUUACGAGCUUAAAAGGACUAUGGACACUUCGUGCCUUUGGACGGCAGCCUUACUUUGAAACUUUGUUCCACAAAGCUCUGAAUUUACAUACUGCCAACUGGUUCUUGUAUCUAUCAACACUGCGCUGGUUCCAAAUGAGAAUAGAAUUGAUUUUUGUCCUCUUCUUCAUUGCUGUUACCUUCAUUUCCAUUUUAACAACAGGUGAAGGAGAAGGAACAGCUGGGAUUAUUCUAACUUUAGCCAUGAAUAUCAUGGGUACACUACAGUGGGCCGUAAACUCUAGCAUAGAUGUGGAUAGCUUGAUGCGAUCUGUGAGCCGAGUCUUUAAGUUUAUUGAUAUGCCAGCAGAAGAUGGUAAACCUAACAAGUCACUGAAACCAUCCAAGGAUGGCCAGCUCUCAAAAGUUAUGAUUAUCGAGAAUCAUCAUGUGAAGAAAGAUGACAUCUGGCCCUCAGGGGGCCGAAUGACCGUGAAAGACCUCACAGUGAAGUAUAUAGAUGGUGGGAAUGCCAUAUUAGAGAACAUUUCCUUCUCAAUAAGUCCUGGCCAGAGGGUGGGCCUCUUGGGAAGAACUGGAUCAGGGAAGAGCACUUUGUUACUGGCUUUUUUGAGACUGCUGAACACCAAAGGAGAAAUCCAGAUAGAUGGUGUGUCUUGGGAUUCAGUAACUUUGCAACAGUGGAGGAAAGCCUUUGGAGUCCUACCACAGAAAGUAUUCAUCUUUUAUGGCACAUUUAGAAAAAACCUGGAUCCUUAUGGGCAGUGGAGUGAUCAAGAAAUAUGGAAAGUUGCUGAUGAGGUUGGACUCAGAUCUGUGAUAGAGCAGUUUCCUGGGAAGCUUGAUUUUGUCCUUAUGGAUGGGGGUUGUGUCCUAAGCCAUGGCCACAAGCAGCUGAUGUGCUUGGCCAGAUCCGUUCUCAGUAAAGCAAAGAUCUUGCUGCUUGAUGAACCCAGUGCUCAUCUGGAUCCAAUAACAUACCAGAUCAUUCGAAGAACCCUAAAACAAGCAUUUGCUGAUUGCACAGUAAUCCUCUCUGAACACAGGAUAGAGGCAAUGUUGGAAUGUCAGCGAUUUUUGGUCAUAGAGGAGAAUAGAGUGCGGCAGUACGACUCCAUCCAGAGGAUGCUGAGCGAGAAGAGCCUCUUCCGGCAGGCGAUCAGCCCCACAGUCCGCUUGAAGCUCUUCCCCCACCGGAACUCGAGCAAGCAGACGUCUCGGUCCAAAAUCGCUGCCCUGAAGGAGGAGACGGAAGAAGAGGUACAAGAAACAAGGCUUUAGAGAGCAGAACAAAGGUUUGCCUGGGACAUUCACGCGUGGAGUUGAAGAAAAGAAAAAAAAAGAGUUUCUGCCUCAGAAAACAAGGAUGAAUGAUGUUUUUUUAAAACAGGAAAACUUCGGGUAAGAGGAAUUAAGGAUGUUCCCAUGGAUGAAUGGCUUCCUGGCAAUGGUCAAACCGUGUGACAGGUACUUCAAAUCCUUGAAGGUUUACCACUUGGAAUCGCAAGCCAGCUUUUCCUGAAAACUUUUCCCUUUGG